GUCUGGUUGUCAGUCAUGCCAGACGGAAUUCAUUAAAUGGACUGACUCCAUUAGAGCUAAUGAGUUGUAGGUCAGUAGUUGUGGGUGGGCCGCGCUAUUCUGAACUAACAGACCAUACUGGGUUACUGGGUGUAAUUGCACUUGACAGUGACGCUGCAAUUUUUUUUGUCAUUGCAUACAUGUAUAUUCAAUGUAAACUCGUUAAAAACCACACAGUGCAUUUCACAGAGUCCUAAAUAAUAUAGUGGUCAUGGUACAAAGUAACUGGUCUCAAAGAUUAUUGGAAGGUUAUGUAACUGAAAACAAACAAGGAUGUUUCGGAUUCUUUCAUUUAGAGUCCCAUAUUGGUUUGGAAAAUGUGUCUUUCCCUGAGAGAAAGACAAACACGGCUUUUAUAUACAGUACACUACACUUAAAAAAAAGAGUUCCAAAAGGGUUUCUUCAGCUGUCCCCAUAGGAGACACCUUUUUGGCUUCCAUGGAGAACCCUCUGUAGAAAGGGUUCUACCUGGAACCAAAAAGGGUUCUUCAAUGGGUUCUCUUAUGUGGACAGCAUUUUAGGCUUGAGAUAGCACCUUUUUUUCUAAGAGUGUUGAUAGACAUCUGGCAAGGUUCAAGGCAAUUGGGCUGACAAACUAUAUGAUUUCGUUCUCCCUUCUUCUAGGCCUGUUGGCUGUGACUAUGAUGAGGAACUUACAGCUCAAAACUGUAUUCUGUAGAUAUUCUCUGAGUGUAUACUACGAGCAGCUCUGCUAAGUUCUUUGCCUCUUCAUCCAUCCAUCCAUUUGUCUAACUUCAGGAGAAAGACUGUCUGGUGUGGUGUGUUCUCAAUUAUUAUGUUGGGAUGAUUCUGUGGAUGAUACUGUGUGUUCUAUGUGGUUGAUUUAUAGUAGCAGUCAGACUGUGUGACAGUAACAAGGUGUUGUUGGAGAAGAGCUAUUUGGUGAGGAGCUAAGUCUUUCUCUCUGCCCAAAUGGUUAUCCACUGUCCUUACAAUGCUGCCUCUACGAGAGGGGGUAGAGGGAUUACACUGGAAUGUUUUGGAGAUUCCUGGGAGAGCAAUACCGAGAGAGGGUUUAGUGUUCUGUUCACAGAUCUAUGAGAAAAAUGGCUGUGGCAAAGUCAUUGAGUUUAAUGCACUAAGACCCAAAUCUAGUUUAUAGUUUUCAUAUGGGAAACCACACAUGGAAACACUAAUACAGACAGUAUAUCACCUCAGCUGCAUGUGAGGAAUAUGUGUUAUUAUGUCUCACUGUGGAUUGAUUAAAUAUAUUUCUUGAGCACUGUUUUGUUCAAACCUGUGGGUUCCAUACUGUACAAUGAAUCUCACAGGUCCUGUGUAUCACGUGUGUGUACUGGUAUGUAACGAGUAUAUUACACUGGCGCUCUUUGGCCAUCCCUCUCCCAUGUCAGCGUGUUUAGAGUGGCUUGAUGGGCUGCUUUACAAACCCUGUGCAUGACUCACCACAGCGCAGAGGGGAAAUAAUACUGUGGCUACCCCACUUUCCAACCAAGGUGCAUGAACACUGAAAGAGCAGGUGCCAGAGCCAAGCUGGGGGCCAUAGAGAGCCAGACAGACAGUCCUGAUGGCAGAAACCUGGAAGGCAGUCUGCUCUGAACACGUGCUCUAGGAGCCCGCCCCGUCAGGGGCCACACUUCACGCGGAAACACUGCACAGGUGUGUGAGUCCAUGAGGUCGUCCAUGCUGGUCCUGCUCCUCAUGGUCAGUGCCCAGGCAGUGGCCACCAUGGGAGAGGACUUCUGCCCCCCAGUCUCCGCUCAGCAGCAAGGCCCUGCCCCCAAAAGGAUCCCUAACUCUGCCCCCACCGUGGAUCCCAAACUGUUCACCAAGCGACGCUACCGCUCGCCCCGCGUUCUCUUCAGUGCCCAGCCGCCCGACACUGAGCCCAUGGGACGCCAGGGGUCCGGGGCCAGCAGGGCAAGGCGCAGGGUUGGUCAGCCGAAGCACCGGGGGGUGUAUUCUGUGUGUGAGAGCAUCAGCGUCUGGGUAGGCAACAAGACCAAGGCCACGGAUAUAUCUGGCAACGAGGUGGAGGUGCUCCCGGACGUGAACAUUAACAGCGUGAAGAAGAAGCAGUACUUUUUUGAGACCACGUGCCGUGGCGCACGGGGAGGCAGCACUGGCUGCCUGGGCAUCGAUGGGCGACACUGGAACUCCUACUGCACCAACUCGCACACUUUUGUGCGGGCGCUGACUUCCUUCAAAAACCUGGUGGCCUGGAGACUGAUCCGCAUCAACGUGGCCUGUGUCUGUGUGCUUAGCCGAAAAUCCUGGCGACAGUGACCGUACUCUCACGGGUCAUGUGGUCACUUCAGUACUGACGACAGGACCACUUGGUACUAUCAUGUGGUCACUGCAGUACUGCAGUCCCAACCCCCCACCACCUACCCACUGGAGUGCUCUGAGACUCUGCCCCACUACAGCCCUCACCUAGCCGUCUGCACAAAGUAAAUUAUUGAUUAUGAGGACUGCAAGUAUAUAAACCAACCAUUUCUUUAUCACUUGUUGUUGUUGUUUUGUUGUUGAUAUUGUUAUUUAUUAAACACCUCAGUACAUGCACUGCAUGUUGUUUGGCAUUAUUGUCUGGGUGGUGGCUGUCACAGGGACCAAUGUCAAAAGAAGUGGCUACACUUUUUUUAAACUGUAGAAAUGUCUGCUCCAUGAGAAAGUGGAUGAAUAGAAACACACCUCACUGAGGUCCUUUGGUCAGCAUUUGGCUCACGGCUUCUCUGAGAUGUAUCUCUUUUACUCCAGAACAAAUUCAGUUCUGUUUUUCCAAUUGUCAAUUUCAAGGCGGAUGAACAAGCCAUACCUAAAAUAAAAAGUCCCUGUGGAUAACAUUUCUCUCCACGGGCUGACUUUCCUAAAUGUCUCAAUCUGUUUGCAUCAUGGAAAGAAAUAACAUGUAGAGAAUAGCUAAGGUCCUUGUUAGCUACGAAGCCUUUAGGAAACUCACCCCAGGAAACGUAUUUUUGCCACUUUUUAUUUGACUUUUUAUUUUUAGAAGGUGUGUGUCAUGUUCAUCACCCUUGAAAGGUUUCGCGUUAGCUCCGUAGCUGAAGUAGCACUUUAAUUUCUCCCAUAUUUAGCUUUUUCACCCAUGACUAAACGCAAAUACAAUACUGACACAGACCACUGCUUUCAGGAAACUCCCCGCACACAGCGUCCCUCACACACUUUUAAUGUGGUCCAGCAGUCCUAGCUAGGUGGUCGAAAUCAAGGGAUUGGAAUCUUCUCCUGGCUGCGUAGAGCAUUUCCAUAGCCCAAACACUCAGCUGGAUAGCCAUCCAUCCACCUCCUGGCUGUGACCCCAGGACCUGGGCAGGUCGGGUGUAAACACUAAUAAAGGUCAGGUUAACCACAGGGCAAUGAGGUCACAUCUGUGAAGUGAGCUACGGCACUGGUCUUCAACCCCAAGCCUGAAAAGACCCACAUGGUCUGACUUGUUGUAAUGUAUGCAUUGUAUAUUAUGAAAGUUUGCACAGAUAAUGAUGUAUUUAAUGUAUGUUGCAUAUGUAUUUCAUUUAUCAUUUAUUAUGUGUGGCAUAUGCAUUUAUUCAGAACUUACUCAUGGAAAAAAAAUAUUCAGCCCAGUGCUAACACAGCUGGUUCAAUGUAUUCAACUAAUCAGGAAGCCCAUGAUUACGCUCUUAGAAAAAAAGGUGCUAUCUAGAACCUAAAAGGGUUCUUCAGUUGUCCCCAUAAAAGAACCCGUUGAAGAACCCUUGUUGGUUCCAGGUAGAACACUUUUGGUUCCAAGUAGAACCAUUAUGGUUCCACAUAGAACCCUUCCCACAGAAGGUUCUACAAGGAUCCCAAAAUGGUUCUACAUUGAAACAAAAACAAUGGUUCUUUUGAAACCCUUUUUUCUAACAGUGUAGUUGAAUCAAGUGUACUCAUUGGCUGGAUCAAACACAUGCAUACCUGUGGAUUUCCUGGGACUAGGACUGAAGAACACGGAUCUAAAGUCUGAGAGUUUACAGAAGUCAUAGUUAGACAGUAUACUUUGAUCCCAAAGCCAGAAAUAUAAGAGCAGACCAGCAUUAGUCGUUUUCAGAGCCCUUGUUCUGUUAAUUCCAGACGAAGUAGAGGUGAUGUUUUUGUUUACAUAACCUAAGUGACAUUGCGGUGAAGAAUGCAGACAAACUAUCAACCAAGGACGUAUUGGCUAGUAAUAUGUAUCUGAAACUACUAUUUUGGACCCAUGGUUCUAUAACCAAUGCUGUCUCGAUUGCAACUCCCAGUCUCCCACUUCUACUAUUAAAACUGUAUUUGGAUGAAUAGUAGGCCUACAGUGCUUAUUUUCAAAUUCACACUAAAAUGCAUUUUUAUUCCACUGUGAUAUUUGAAAGGCGGACCUUUUAAGGGAUGUUUUAAAGCUGAGCCAAACACUGAACUUUUGCCAACAUUGAAUAGUGGAGAGUAAACCACAUGUCCACACUCCCCUCUGGUGUUCUUUUAGAUGAUCUACAACCUCCCUACAGUUCAAAGACUGCACAACACUGACCAUCGCCCAUCCCAUUCAUACUGUCAUAGACAGCUGGUCCAAUUCUGGUCAUGGAAAAAGGACAGGUAAAGACAACUACACAACUCCUCUCAGAGAGUAAUGUUAAACCAACAAUCUCUAUGAGUGAUUUCUUUACCAACUAGUUACAUUUAAUAACCAUGAACUAUUCCUAGUUGAAAACAAACAUUUUGCUUCAAAAACAUUUGUCAAACAGGGAUUUUCACAGGCUAGUUGGAGAAAGCAGCCAUUCUGACACAGAUCCAGAAGGGGUCACUGUUUACAUCCCUUCAGCCAAUACAGAGUCAAAACAAAGUGAUCAGAGAUACUGUAGCUUUGACCAUCACUGCCACAAUUGCUUGACCUCCUUCCUGCCCAUGGACAAGAGGCCCAAAGAAUACACGAUUAGAGGUCCUCUGCUAGUCUUACAAUGAAAAGAAAACAGAAGAUAACUUAACUGUAAAAAAAAUCUAAUAAAACAUCCUUUAAUUUGGUUGAAUGGAACAAUGAUAUGUUAGUUAGGAUCACGCAGACUAAGAUAUGCUCCAGGUUGCCUCUGAGAAUAACAUUGACUGAGUUCAUCAGGACAUGCAUAGAGGAUGUUGUUCCUACUGUGGAAUCUUGGUGCAUGUAAACCUGCAUGUAAACCAUGCAAACUCCCUCAAUUCUUUUUUAGAUUGCCAAAUUGAUUCAUGAUGAUUUAUAAAAAUGUUACAUUAAACCUUUAUGUAAUUAGGCAAGUUAGGUAAGAACAAAUUCUUAUUUACAAUGAUGGUCCAAACCCAGACAACACUGGGCCAAUUGUGUGCCGCCCUAUGGGACUCACAAUCACGACCGGAUGUGAUACAGGAUGGAAUCAAACCAGGGACUGUAGUGACGCCUCUUGCACUGAGAUGCAGUACCUUAGACUGCUACGCCACUCGGGAUACCUUUUUUUUAUGAUGACUCCUUGUCU